AUGACCAAAAUUACGAGGGAAGUUUUGCUCGGAGUUAGCAUCGCUAUCGGAAACACUGCCGAUGCAGAAAGUAUUUGGUCAGCUAUAAUCGAUCUCGUCGAUAUCUGCGAUUCAAAGAUAAUUCAUGCUAUCCGCUUUCUAACGUAUCCGAUCAUUUCACUUGCGGUAGUACUAGUAAACUAUCAUCCUUUAAAAAUUAUGUUUCGAGAAUACUCGACAUUGGGCAGUUACGGAGUAUAUGCAGCAAUGUAUGGUCAUGAUCGAUGGGAAGAAUUGACACAGACAAUGUUAGAUCAAUGUAACUGCGCUUUAACUGCAAUCAAUUACGUCCAACUGCUUGCCAUUUUGAGUGGUAAAGCGUCCUCCUUUACACAGGAUGCUAAAACGUUAUAG